UAGUGCUAACUCGGCUAACGUUAGCUAACUAAACAGUUACCACACCGCUUCGGCUAGCGUCAGUCAGAUAGUGUCGGUGGGUAGUCCUUCAGCGUUUUAACCAAACUUCAGCUCACCACAAAGUGUGCUCACGUUAGCGUAGCCCUCUCACCACCUGACUGAAAACGUUACAGCCCACUUGAACUCAUUGCACACAACACAUCACAGUAGUCUGGCUGAUGUUUGACUGAGGCUGUUAAACAUCGGUUGCAUAAAGGCUGGUUGGCAAAGAAGUGCUGACCUUUAAUAAGCUCGCUUCACAGGGAGGGUGCACACAAGGGUUUGUUAGCUAAGUUUAUUGGCUGAGGAAGGCAACGUAGAAAUGCAGUCUGCUGUUAAACAAAACCUCCAUUUGGAGACCGAAGGAGACAUCAACAAACUCAUCAACCUGAAGCUCAAUGCAUCCUACACCUACCUUGCUCUGGGGAUGUACUUUGACAGGGAUGAUGUUGCCUUGCCUAAUUUCUCAAGAUUUUUCCUGGAGCUCUCAGUGAAGGAGAGGGAACAAGCUGAGAAGCUUCUGGAAUAUCAAAACAUGAGAGGAGGCCGAAUUUUGCUUCAGACAAUUGCUAAACCAAGUAGAGAGGAUUGGAAAGGUGGCCUGGAUGCAAUGUCCUUUUCCCUCGACUACCAGAAGUCUCUCAACACAUGUAUCCUUGAUGUCCACCGCAGAGCUGGCAUCCACACUGACCCCCAUCUGUGUGACUUCCUUGAGCAACACUUCCUCAUCGACAGCCAUGACACCAUCAAGAAGCUGGGCGACUUCUGUGGAAGUCUUACCCGCAUCACUGCGUCUGAGACGCAUGGUCCUAUGGGAGAGUACCUCUUUGAUAAACACACUCUGUAAAAGUCACAGCAGUACAGUGACACAACUUGCACAUUUCAAAAGAUAGAGUCAAGAGGGAAACAGUCCCUCACAAUGUCUAUUUUUUUUCCGUUAAGACAGCUACAACCAUAUUGUUACACCCCAAACCCUCAAACCCUUCUUGUACCAAUGGCACAAGAGAGGUUCAAAGCAAAUAAUAUAAAAUACCUCAGUCUCCCUUGAAAACAACAGUGGAGAAAAUAUUCUCAAUAAUAUGGUGCUAUAAACUACUAUUUUUCCUAAGCUGUUAAAAUGAGUCACUUGUUUAUUUAGACUCAUUUUAUCAUGUGUCAUGCAUUCCAUUGUUUCAGAGGCUCUAAGUUUCACAGAUCCUUUGUAAAAAUGAACUCUAUUUUGACUAAAUCAGAAUGGUUUAAAGACUUUAAAACAUGGAUGAUUAUGGAAACACUGAAUAAAGUCAGACGAUGCUCA